AUGUCUAGAAUUCAUGUGCCCAAGGGCAGUACCGGCCGGAGAACAAUGAUUGUGGUUUCCGCGAAUAUCAGUGAAGGAAGUCAAAAGCGAUUCAAAUCCUCAACUGGGUCUUGUUCGCUGUUACCGUCUUCUUCAUCUUUGUCCUCGUCGAAUGUGUGUGAGCAGACCCAGCCAGUGGUUCUUGUGGAUUCGCAAGAGACCGGUGUUCGACUCGUGCACACACUCAUGGCUUGUGCCAAAGCAGUCCAAAAUGAAAACUUGGAGCUCGCGGGUGCUCUCGUCAAGAUCAUCAAUUUACUCACGGCAUCUCAAGCUCGUGCUAUGAGAAAAGUCGCUACUUAUUUUGCCGAAGCUCUAGCUUUUCGAAUUUACAGAAUUUACCCACAAGAUUGCCUCGAUGCUUCCAUGCUUGAUAUGUUGCAGAUGCACUUUUAUGAGACCUGUCCUCACCUCAAAUUCGCUCGUUUCACAGCUAACCAAGCGAUACUCCAGGCAUUCACUACUACUAGCAGUGUACACGUUAUCGAUUUUGGGUUGAAGCAAGGGAUGCAAUGGCCAGCACUAAUACAAGCGCUUGCAUUAAGGCCUAGUGGGCCACCGAUUUUUCGAUUAACCAGAAUUGGCCCAUCUCAAUCGGAAAACACUGAUGCUUUACAGCAAGUGGGUUUGAAGUUGACGCAAUUGGCCGAAACUAUUGGCAUCCAGCCGAGGUUGUUACUGUGA